CGAUCAUGGGAUGAGUAAGAGGAUGUGUGCGCAUAUAAGUUGGUGAUUUCCCGGUAAAAUCAUCAUUACUUGUGAAGUUGCGACGGCGAAGAGGCUAAAAUUGGUAGAUUUAACAUGGCAGAGGCUGAAGAAAACCACGUGGCCAACCGAACCGCCCGUGAGGUGCAGCAAAACUUUGCUGAAUCCCUUGGAUACGCGGAGGAGAUUAUCUGGGAUUUGUUGUCCCAUGGACAAGCCGACAUACUGAAGAAAAAGCUAAAGGAACUCAUUCGUGAUCCGCCACCACCUACCAAUUCAGAAUUGGCCACUAAAACUCCGGCUGAUAUUACAAAAAAUGAAAAAAACCGUAGAAAGCUUAUCGCCGAUAAUGAAAAAGCACGACAGAUAAUUUACGAUGCCGUUUGGGAGCAGCGUAAAUACACCAACCGACAAUCGCUGACGGCCAUCAUCUACGUAAUGGUGGUUACUGGGGAGAAAGACGUUAAUCGCGCCGAGGACUCAAGGACUUUCUCCUGCCAUCCAGUCUUCCGGGCCCGUCGAUGCGUCACUGGCCGCAGCAACAACAGCGCCGAUUGCUGCAAUUUGUUCGUUGAUGAGACCGGUCGCGUCUACCAGAACUGGGAGCAAUAUGUGGCCACCAAUGAGCUGCCCGCCGGAGUGAUGGUGGCCCCGGAAAAGGGAAUCUACCGCCUGGUCAAUGACCAUGUGCGACUGGACAAAUAUGUGACGCCGGCGGGCAGCACCGAAAAGAAGGUGCUUAAAGUUCUGGACACAGGAUCGGCAGUUGGAGGCUUCUUAGCCGCCUCUGUCCCCUUAGCGGCUCUCUUAACGCUGCCUGUGUCCGGUCCAGUGAUGGCCGCAGCCGGAGUCGUUGGUUUGGCCAGCGCCGGGUACGCUACAGCCCGGUCCAGCGUAAGGUUGGUGGACCGCAGUCAGCACGAGCAGUCGAUCAACGUGACGGACCGCGAGGCACGUGGCCAUUGGCUGGGAGUGAUCGCCGGAGCCGUGGGAUUGGGAGCGGCAGGAGCCACCACUGCUCUGACAGCGGCCACGAACGCUGGACGCGAAGUGGGAGCGAUCACUCAACUGACGGUGAAUGGCAUGAACAUCUCCUCGAUCGUAGUGUCGGGGACUGGAGUCGCCAACGGGGUAUUGGAUAUGAUAUUGAAAGUGCAGGAUGGUGACGACAUUACCGGCAUGGAUGUGCUGCAGCUGUCCGCUUCGCUGGUUCUACUAACGCACAGCGUUUACAAUUUCAAACUGGCCUCGACCAUCAUCAAUCAGUCGCCCCACAGGAACGUAGCGGGCUACCGGGACACACUGAGUAGUCGCAUGAGACGCACCUUCGACAAGAUAUCCAAGGAGACCUUUCGACUUCAGGGAAACUCUCAAGGCAAGAUGGACAUUAUACGCAGCGCGAACGAGAUGCCCUCGCAGUUCAAUGAUCAAGAAAACGAGGCUCACUUUCUGAUUGGCCCUACAUCGCAGCCGCGUCAGGAGCCCAGCACUUAUGCCGCCGGCGUGUACUGCUUGCAGCUGAGCUCAGUGGUAAUAAGAGGGGUGACUGUUGUGCUGAGGCAAUACGGCACAGCCCUCUUCGAGCACGUGGUCAAUGCCGAGAGCUUUGCAAAUCACAUUAUCAAAAUGGCCGCGAAUCUGGAGCCGGAUGUGUUUGAUUUUAUAAUGAGGUUGACUCGAACCUUCAUGGACACCAUGCUGGAUGAACUGACGUCGGUGCUUAAGUUCUUCAUCCCGACGGAAUCGGUGCUUUCUAGCAUUCUGCAGCAAGUGAUGAACAACUACCGUGACAUGUCCAGUGAAUCUGUGGCGGAGCACACCGGAGCCAUCCUCGCAGCAGUCAGGCGGUACUUCCUGUCCCUCAACCCAAACUCGUACACCGGACUCCUCCAGAAGUGCGCCACUUGUGUCGGCUACUUUAGCAUUUGUCCUUUGUAAACGUUGAGCCAUCGAGCCAUGUGUGAUUAUUGGUGCCUUAUUGUGAGAACAGAAUGUAACUAACAGUGCACAAUUAGAAUGCACAGCCUUUUUUAUACACUUAUAUAUAUAUAUAAAUAUAUACUUUUUUAAAUUCCUUAUAUAAACGUAACUAAAUGUAAACACAAAAUUACAAUGUAUGUGAUAAAUAUUUGUUUAUGAGCACAAAUUGAAAUUGAUGAAAUCAACACAAUAAAUAAUGAUAUUAACAAACUA